UCACGGGGGCGAUGCCGCCACGGCCCCGAGGCCUAGGCGGGGCCGGGGGUGCGCAGGGGCCGCCGGCGGAGCAGGGCGGAGGGAGUGGCCAGCGGCCGUGCCCAGAUUAAGCAGCGGCGCGCCGGGCGUCGGCACUCCGGCGGCCCCGCUCGCUCCGCGCUCCCGCCUCCGGGCCACUCGCCGCUUUCCGCUCCCGAACCCGCCUCCAACUUGCCGCCCGACUCGGUAAGGAGGCAGCUGGGUCACGCGUGUAUUGCGGCGCAGGGGAGCCGGGAGGUGGGCACCGCGCCGGCGGGCGACCAGGGCGGCUCCCGGCGCUGCGGGCGUCCCCGCGAGACUUUAAAACCCCAGACGUAGACAAGCAAGAGUCUCCUGGAAGAGAAGAGAAAACUGACAGAAUUUUUUUUAAGUAUCAAGACUUGACUGUGAAGUAGUGGUGUGCAUGGCGCUAAUGAGGCGCUCUUUCCGGUGCCUGAAGCCGUUGGCCACAGGUCCGUGGUCACUUAUGCUUAUUCUCUUUUCUGCACACCAUGCAUAUGUGAGCGGAAAGAAGUUGACUGGUCCUUGUGGAGGAAGAGAUUGCUCAGUCUGCCAGUGCUUUCCUGAAAAAGGGUCUCAGGGUCAGCCAGGACCACCAGGGCCACAGGGUCCCAUUGGACCCCUGGGGCUGCCAGGCCCCAUUGGAAUUCCAGGAGAGAAAGGGAUGAGAGGUGCCAGUGGCCCACCUGGAGCAGCGGGGGACAAGGGGGACAAGGGUCCAACUGGUGUUCCUGGAUUUCCAGGUUUGGAUGGGAUACCUGGGCACCCAGGACCUCCUGGCCCCAGAGGCAGACCUGGCGUGAAUGGCUACAAUGGCUCAAGAGGUGAUCCAGGUUUUCCAGGAGAAAGAGGAGCUCCUGGCCCAGGAGGCCCCCCGGGUCUUCCUGGGGAAAACGGAGAAAAAGGAGAUUCAGUGUUCAUUUCAGGUGCCAUUAAAGGUAUACAGGGUGACAGAGGGGACCCAGGACCUCCCGGCUUACCAGGACCUAGGGGUGCCAGAGGACCGGCGGGCCCAGUGGGCUCUCCAGGGGAGCCAGGGUUGGCAGGAACUCCGGGCCGUCCUGGGAGUCCGGGUCUGAAGGGUAAUCCUGGUGUGGGAGUAAAGGGGCAAAUGGGAGACCCGGGUGAGGUUGGCCAGCAAGGUUCUCCUGGACCCACCUUAUUAGUACAGCCACCAGAUUCUUCUCUGUAUAAAGGAGAAAAGGGUCUAAAAGGAAUGCCUGGUAUAGCUGGACCUCCAGGACUGCCGGGACCUAAGGGAGAACCUGGUAUUGGGACAAAAGGAGAGAAAGGUGUGCCUGGGUUCCCAGGGCCUCGGGGUGACCCUGGUUCCUAUGGAUCUCCAGGUUUUCCAGGAUUAAAGGGAGAUUCAGGACUGUUUGGAGAUCCUGGACCAUCUGGAUUUCUCGGCCCAAAGGGCGACCCUGGAGACCGCGGGUACCCAGGACCACCAGGUGUUUUGGCAACUCCGUCUCUCCCACUCAGAGGCCCUCCGGGGGAUCCAGGGCUCCCUGGCCGCUAUGGAGAAAUGGGGGCGGUUGGACCCCCUGGCCCUCCUGGCCCCCCAGGGGCACCAGGGGAAACCUGUGCAGGCAUGAUGGGACCCCCUGGGCCAAGAGGGUUUCCUGGUCACCCAGGACCCCCAGGGGCAGCCGGUAUUCCUGGGAGAGCUGAUUCUGCUCCGGGAAAACCUGGGAAUCCGGGACCACCAGGGUCGCCUGGAGCUCCAGGGUUGCAGGGACCCCCGGGAUCAGAUGUUAUCUAUUGCAGAAUUGGGUACCCUGGACCACAAGGAAUAAAAGGCAUAGCGGGUCCUCCAGGAAGCAGAGGCUCAAAAGGAAAAAAAGGCAAUGUGGGGCUCUGUGACUGCAAGCCCUGUCCCACGGGCCCACCAGGACCUCCAGGACUUCCUGGGAGGCAGGGUAGUAAGGGCUCCCUGGGGCUCCCUGGGUGGCUUGGAGAAAAAGGUCACCCAGGCCCUCCUGGAGCUGCAGGGUCUCCAGGACCACCGGGAAAACCUGGUGCCUCAGGACCACCUGGCAGCAAAGGAGAAAAGGGCGACAUGGUUGUAUCGAGAGUUAAAGGGCACAAAGGAGAAAGAGGUCCUGAUGGCCCCCCAGGAUUUCCAGGGCAAGGGGGACAACAUGGUCGAGAUGGACAUGCUGGAGAAAAAGGGGAUCCAGGACCCCCAGGGAAUCAUGAAGAUGCAGCCCCAGGUGAUAAAGGGUCUCCUGGGCCUCCGGGUCCUCCUGGCAGAGCAGGACAUAGGGGGCAUCCAGGAUUGGGACUCCCUGGUCUCCCAGGACAGAGAGGGCAACCAGGAGCUCCAGGUCAUCUGGGUGAGAGGGGCCCUAUGGGCUUGAAGGGCCCAAAAGGUGAUACAAUUCCUUGUAAUAUUACCCAUCCUGGGAGACCAGGCCCUCCAGGUUUUGAUGGACCGCCAGGUCCAAAGGGAUUUCCAGGUCCUCGGGGCACUCCGGGAUGGAGGUGUUUGGAUGGGCAAAAAGGUCAGCGUGGCAAACCAGGAGUAUCAGAAAUGCCUGGUCCACCAGGUUUUCGUGGUGCCACGGGAGACCCAGGUUUCGGUGGUGAAAAGGGGUCCUCCCCUGCUGGGCCCCCAGGCUCUCCUGGGUCACCCGGAGUGAAUGGUCCGAAAGGGCUACCAGGAGAUCCUGCUUACGGCCACCCAGGACCCCCGGGAAUGAGGGGUCUCUCCGGAGUGCCGGGGUUGAAAGGACUCAGAGGUGACCCAGGACGUCCAGGGGCUGCAGGGCCAACGGGCAUGCCUGGAUUCCCGGGCCUCAGAGGUCCCAAAGGCAGAGAGGGAAGUUCCGGGUUUCCAGGUAUCCCAGGUCCACCUGGCCAUUCCUGUGGAAGAGGCGCUGCCGGGAUACCAGGGCAGCCGGGUCUCCCUGGGGCUCCAGGCAGUCCAGGUGCCCCAGGUUGGAAAGGACAGCCAGGAGACGUGGGGCCCCCUGGACCAGCUGGAAUGAAGGGCCUCCCUGGAGUCCUGGGACAGCCAGGGGCUGACGGAGCCCCAGGGCCCCCAGGAGUCCCAGGCCCCUUGGGGGAUGAGGGACUUCCUGGUCUUCCAGGCCCAAAGGGACCCCGGGGGCUGCCUGGCUUCCCAGGUUUUCCAGGAGAGAGAGGAAAGCCUGGCCCAGAGGGACACCCUGGCAGAAAGGGAGAACUCGGCGAGAAGGGGUGGCCUGGCUUCCUGGGAGACCGGGGAGUGAGGGGCGCCAAAGGAGCACAAGGACCCCCAGGAGAUGAAGGAGAAAUGACCAUAAUUUCCCCAAAGGGGAGAACUGGGGAACCUGGACCUCCUGGAGAUGGUGGAUUCCCAGGAGAAGGAGGUGAUAAAGGCAAUCCUGGGAUUCAAGGGAGAGGAGGAGAACCUGGCAGAUACGGACUACCUGGAUUCCACAGAGGGGAGCCCGGCACACAUGGGCAGCCCGGGCUUCCCGGCCUCCCGGGCCCUCCAGGCUCAGCCGGGCUGAGAGGGACCAUUGGUUUUCCUGGAUUUCCAGGAGACCAGGGUGAGCCGGGUUCUCCAGGGCACCCUGGACUUCCUGGAAUUGAUGGAACAAGAGGACCUAAAGGAAACAAAGGUGAUCCUGCAAGUCAGUUUGGCCCACCUGGCCCAAAGGGUGAGCCAGGUAGCCUUGGAUGUCCAGGACAUUUCGGAGCACCUGGAGAGGAGGGCUUGCCCGGCACUCAAGGGCCCAGAGGACCACCUGGGAUGCCGGGUCUGCCUGGCUCCUCUGGACCACCUGGGUGUCCAGGUCAUCAAGGGGUUCCUGGGCCGAAAGGACAUCCAGGAGAAAUGGGGGAUCCUGGCCCAAGAGGCCUCACAGGAGAUCCAGGCACACCAGGUCUUCCAGGAAUAAAGGGUCCUUCUGGAUUGCCUGGCCUGAAUGGCUUGCAUGGUUUAAAGGGUCAGAAAGGAACCAAAGGCACUUCAGGUUUGCAUGAAAUGGGCCCACCUGGUCCAAUAGGAAUGCCAGGGCUGAAAGGGGAGACAGGAGACCCUGGGAGCCCCGGAAUUUCUCCUCCAGGCCUUUCUGGAGGAAGAGGUCCCCCAGGUCCCCCAGGGAGACCUGGGCCACCUGGUCCUGCAGGUGCCACAGGAAGAGCUCCUAAGGGUGACAUUCCUGACCCCGGUCCACCUGGAGAUUGGGGUCCUCCUGGCCCUGAAGGUCCAAGAGGAACCCCUGGACCCCGAGGGUCUCCUGGCAGUGUCGACCUUCUGAAAGGGGAGCCAGGUGAGGGCGGUCUACCAGGGCCUUCAGGUCCCCCGGGCCCACCAGGCCUUCCAGGACACAAAGGCUUCCCAGGAUGUGAUGGAAAAGAUGGGCAGAAAGGACCAAUGGGAUUCCCGGGGCCACAGGGGCCACCUGGACUUCCUGGGCCACCUGGAGAGAAGGGUUUACCUGGAAUUCCAGGCAUUCCAGGGCCCACCGGUCCUCCAGGUUCCAGAGGCGAACCUGGGCCACCUGCAGAUGUGGAUGACUGUCCUCGAAUCCCAGGGCUUCCUGGGGUCCCAGGCUCAAGAGGACCAGAAGGAGCCAUGGGGCCCCCUGGCACCAGGGGCCCCCCAGGACCAGGGUGCAAAGGAGAGCCUGGGCUGGAUGGCAGGAGGGGCGAGGAUGGUGUUCCAGGGUCUCCCGGGCCUCCCGGACACGAAGGUGACACAGGAGAAGCUGGCUGCCCUGGAGCACCAGGCCCUCCUGGGCCCACUGGGGAUCCUGGGCCCAAAGGGUUUGGCCCUGGGUAUCUCAGUGGCUUCCUCCUGGUUCUGCACAGUCAGACAGAUGGGGAACCUGCAUGCCCCCUGGGCAUGCCCCGGCUCUGGACGGGCUAUAGUCUGCUCUACGUGGAAGGACAGGAGAAAGCUCACAAUCAAGACCUUGGGCUGGCAGGGUCUUGCCUUCCUGUGUUCAGUACACUGCCCUUCGCCUACUGCAACAUCCACCAAGUGUGCCACUAUGCCCGGAGAAACGACAGAUCCUACUGGCUGGCCAGCGCCGCACCGCUGCCCAUGAUGCCACUCUCAGAGGAGGAGAUCCGCCCGUACAUCAGCCGCUGCACCGUGUGCGAGGCGCCGGCCCAGGCGGCGGCGGUGCACAGCCAGGACCAGUCCGUCCCGCCAUGCCCGCGGGGCUGGAGGAGCCUCUGGAUCGGGUACUCAUUCCUCAUGCACACAGGAGCUGGGGGCCAAGGAGGAGGGCAGGCCCUCAUGUCACCCGGCAGCUGCUUGGAGGACUUCAGAGCAUCGCCGUUCCUGGAAUGCCAAGGCCGGCAGGGAACUUGUCACUUCUUUGCAAAUGAGUACAGCUUCUGGCUGACAGCGGUGACACCUGACUUGCAGUUUUCCUCAGCACCAUCACCAGACAUCUUAAAAGAAAGCCAGGCCCAGCGCCAGAAGAUCAGCAGGUGCCAGGUCUGCAUGAAGUAUAGCUAGGGAACCCAUGACCUGCCAACAGGUCACCAAGAGAAACUUCCUAGGGGUGAAGAUGUCCAGGCUGCGCUCAGAGAUCCAAUGGUGCUUGCUUCAGACUCUGGUUCCUUCUGUUUCGAUGUGGCUGUUCCUAUAGGACCGUAGGAAAUUCCUCCCUCUGUUGGGGACAGGCUAAGCAAAUGCUACCCAUAAGGAUUUGUUUGGACUUACAGUCUACAUCAAUCCCAGAUACCCAGAUAUGCUUGUUUUUGAGGAUAAUGGAAGAGCUGGCUUUAUUUAAAAAUGUGCUGAUUCACAGGAAGGCAAAUAGAAGGUAAAGGCCAGAUUAUAAGUUAUAGUACUGAAAUCUUCAUUCAUUGGUUAAUAACACCUCAAACAAUUGAAGUGAAUUACUCUAUAAUAUAGUGGGCUUCUGGAUGGAUUUUACAAAGAAAAAUAAAUAGACCAACACAUGAAACUAGAAAAUAGAAAUUUCUAACAUUUCAAAAUGAUUUUCUCUGUCAUCUAUUCUUCCAUGCACUUUGAAUAAUUGUAAAACCAUGACCCAAGGAGAUUUAAAAGAAACCCACACAGCCAGCAUUAACAGUUCCUUUCAAAGCUGAAUGAAUCAUUAUGCCAGGAAGGACCCCAGUCGCUGUGUUCCAGAGACGGGACAUUAGCAUAAACACAGCACAGAUGAACAUAAAGCAUGUUCUCGUCUGUGUGUUUCAGAGAAUAGAAGCGCCUGCUUUGGCAACCCUUUUGAAAAGCAGCAAUUAGGGAAAAAAUAUAUUCAAUAAGGGAUUAAGAGCCUAAAAGCUAUUAAUGAAUAUUAAGGCAGUGAUUCACAAAAAUUGACUCCCCAUUGCAGUGAACUUCCAUACACACCGCCUCUGCCCAGCCGGGGGUCUGCGCGUCCCUGCUGCGCGCCUGCUAACCGGACUGAAGCCACAUGAGGCUCACUCAGCUGGUACAGGUUCAGACAAAGCACCUUCCUCCCCUCCCCAGGAGCGCCUACCAAGGAAGCCACGGCACUAUUUUAAAUGAAACAAAAACAACCUCCAAUUUGAAUUUUAUGUGCCUGCUACUGGUUUUUACAGGAGCAUCCUGUGUUCACAAUUUUAAAAACAUUGUUAUAUUUUAUGUCCAUAUUAUACCAAUGCAGCAGUUUGACAUUUGACAUUAAUAUUUUUUAUGAAAGAGUAGAAAUAAUUUAUUGUGAAAUAGUUUUCAUAGCAAAGGAUAUGCUUUUUAUUUUGGUAGAUUCGGUGGUCUAAUCCUAAAAAUCAAAAGCCUUGUUGGAAAAAAAUGUUAGGGAACUUGCCUACCUUAUUUUUAAAAAUGUCAUGUUAGAAAUUAGAUACAUUUCUCAUGCAUGAUCCUCAUUUUAGUACUUAGUUUCAAUGCACUUAAAAAUAAUUAAGAAAAAAACUCAACUAAAACCUUGUUUGUAAAUGUCUUCGUUGCCAAACAUUGAUUAGGAAUAAGCUCUUACAUGUAGAACGUGUUUCAAAUGAGUCUUGCUAUGGGGCUGCCCUCAGAAUGGCAAUUUAUUUACUUUUCAGUAAAAAGAGAAAUACACAUUUUUAGAUGAAAUAUUUUCUUGAUGUAGCAGAAUAUUUCCUAGCUCAUUUGACCCACUUAAUGGUUUUAUU